AUGCUUUUACCAUUCGCGGAACAGACAAACAACUUUGCUUCUGCUACGGUUCAGCAGUUCCAGAGCUCCUUCGACAGCUCUCCAUACACGCUUCAGCCCGGGUCGUCGAUUCGCAACUUUAACGUUCGUAUUGGCUCGACUCAGGUGUUCGAUAUCAGUCAUGACUAUGAUUUCCACCACUUUACCAACGAAAUUGCUAAGAUUUCAGCGAUUAACGGAGAUCUAACCCCUGAGCUCGUAAAUGGUCUACUUGACUAUCAGACGUGGUCGCUCACAAACCGCAUGCUUAUUGCCGAUGUCAGUCGCCUGACUGAGCGCGAUGUACCUCAGGCUAUUCAGAUCCAAGGUACGAACGCCGGAUGCCAAGGUGUGAAUAUGCUGACCCUCGUAAUUAGCGAACAGGAACUAACGUUCGAUAGACUAACCGGAGAGGUUCUAGACUUCACUACACCGUAA